AGCAUACCGGCAGUGUGUUUUGAACGACUACGAGACGAUAGUUCGCUCGAAAACACAGUGCUUGGUUGUACUGUGUCGUCUCUUUUUAAACGACGUGACCGAAUACCGCGAAUCGUGUUCGUUGUUAAUUUUUCUGUGCAUAAAUGUGUGUGUUUGAGUGAACCCUUGUUAAAUUAUACGUUUGUGUUUAAGAGCUGUAAGGAUAUUUAUACGGUCGCUGAAAACUGUUUGUAUUGCAAAAGAACAAAAAUAUACUUUUGAUGACCUCAAUCAAGGCUUUGAAAUAUUAUUAAGUCUAUAUUUAAUUAAUUGCUGCACGAGGGUAUUUUAAUCAAUUCAGUGAGUAUUUUUUGAUGUAUUGUGAUUUGUGAAAAACCUAUCGUUACAUAUAAAAUUAUUUACCGCAAAUAACAAAGAAUAUUUACGUCGCAACUUUUAGAGUUCUCUUCAGUAGCCGAAAAAUGAGAAUGACGAAAUUGGAAAUAUUGUUUUACGAGUGUUAUUAAAUUCGUCGUCAGAAUUAAAAAACUAUUUUGAUUGUUCAAGAUUUUAUUAAAUUGAAGGCUGAAGUAAAAUAUCGAAACUACUCGAGCUCAUCUCCGUCCGCUGUAGUAACGGAUACCAUGAAAUCCCGUAAAAGGGGCCAUGAAGCAGGACGGGAUCGGAUCGCUACGAUGCGUUGAUAAUCAAAAGAGAUUUCCACACCUCGAGCACCAUCACUGAGCCUCUUUUGUGUUUUGUAUGUUACGAGUAAAUAAUGGUUGGCUUGUAUUGGCUUAUCGGCGCGGCCGUGUUGUUAUGGUCACAUGUAGCUCAUUCCGAGACAGAACUGGACUGGACCAUGACAUGCAACAUGCAAAUGUGCAAGUGUCGAUGGAUAAGUGGCCUGAAGACGGCCGACUGCACCAACGCGUCCUACACGAGUAUCCCUAGCAAUCUUAGUGAGGUGAUACAAGUAUUAGACAUAUCGCACAACACCAUUGUGGAGCUGUACGCGGACGCGCUCAAAUCAGUGGGCUUGAUCAACCUACAUAAGUUCAUAGCCCGGAAUUGUUCAAUUGAAUCCGUAGAUAAAGAUGCGUUCCGCGGCUUGGAAGUGCUCAUCGAACUCGACCUUUCUGAAAACAACAUACACGUAGUGCACCCCAACAUUUUCCGGUACGCUUUCCGCCUAAGGAGGAUCUUUAUGGGUCGCAACUCCAUCCAAAAGAUACCCAACGGUCUGUUCAGUAACAUGUCUUUCCUGCAAACCGUCGACUUCAGCGACUGUCUGAUAUCUCAAAUCGAGACCAAGGCGUUUUUCAACCUCCCAAAACUCACCACAAUGAUAUUAAACAACAACAGCCUGGCCAACGUCAAGUAUGAAGUGUUGGCGGCAAUACCCAGUCUAGCUAACGGCAACUUGGACAUCAGAAACAACCCUUGGCGAUGCGAUUGUAAACUUCGGCCGUUUAGAAAUUUGGCCAUGGCCAUGAACGGGCAAGCGGCUUCAGUCCAAGAAGCCACGUGCGCCGAACCUGCCAGAUUAGCUAACAAACAGUGGAGUAAGAUCAAGCCUGACGAGUUCGCCUGUCAGCCAAUAAUUUUGUAUCCAGCGCAGAGUUCGACGUUCGAACUGGAAACCGACGAGUUGACCAUUGGCUGUAAGAUAGACGGCGAACCAAUGCCUGGGGUACAGUGGGUGUUUAACAACAGACCCAUAUCGAAUUACUCGCACGGUGAUUACAAGUUCACAGUGUACGAGAGCAUGGACAAUUCCAUGGCCAAAUGGAUUAACCUAACAGUGUCCCGGUCGAGACUAAUUGGCAAAUCCGAAUUCAAGUGCAUCGCUCAAAACGCCGCCGGGAUAGACGAGCGAAAAAUCACCGUUACAGUUCAAGGCGGCAGCGGUAAGGGUAUUCUGGGCACUGCGGUUAGCAUCAAAGAGUCGCUACCCAUCAUAGUGGGCUUGGUGGCCGGGAUUUUCAUUAUCAUUUUGCUGCUUAUCGUUUGCUGUCUGUGCUGUUUUCGACGCCGGCCGCUGACGAUGCAGUCUAAGAAAUCGCAUGCCAACGGGUUCUCCAACGGCGACGUGAACAAUCGACACGUCACUUCGCUUGUUUCCGAACCAUCCGAGCAACAGAAAAGUCUGUUGGCUGUGGUCAAUCCCGUGCAAAAGCCGCCCAGGCGAUACGAAUCGUCGCCCACCGGCACGGAGAUGACAGAACUCAAGAGAAACCUGUUGGACGAAACGUCUAUAAGUGGUGAUGCAGACGAUCAGUGUUUCGGCGAGUCUGGAGAUGAGCUGGGAAGCAUCGACGGCAGAUCGUACCGUAAAAGUACACACCCGCCCGAUUUACUGGCGUUCCCUCGUGGCGGCCACAGUUCGCCGGCUGGCAGUAUGGUGUCGUCGAUUCCACCCUUCCAGUCACCACUGCACAGUCCCAUCUAUUCCGGCACACUGCCUUACAACCGAUCCAACUCGCCGUUCAAUCCAAGACCAUCGAUGCCACCCGCAGGAUACGUGACCAUACCUAGACGGCCACGUGUUCCUAGUUGGGCCAGUUCCACUGCAACUACGAUCGACGAUCCACUAUCUCGUUUAUGCGAACCAGUCUACGAUAAUUUAGGCCCUCGAACUACUGCCGAUGGUAGUUCUGUCUUGUCUUUAAAUAAAGCUGUGGCCGAGUCGACAGGAAAUUUGGUCAGACCAACUCCGCAAUACAGUCAAACACUUCCACACANGAAUUUGGUCAGACCCACUCCGCAAUACAGUCAAACACUUCCACACAAGACCAAAUUACAUCAUAAUAACGCUCUUAUGCCGAGAUUGGACACGAAUUUGGACAGAGUUCCAUCGCCUGCCCCUAGAUCUCCAGAUAAAAUAAAUGUCAUCAGACAAACUGGUGAGAUGAACAAUGAUAGUAAUAAUUCAUUGCCUCCCAACUAUUCUCCCAUAGUAGAUAUGGACUCGCGGAAUAGGAGUAGCUGGGCGCCUAGCCGAGUGGGCACGCCUGAAACAGGUGUACUUAAGCCCGCCAGCCAAACAAGCGUAAAGCGAAAAGUACCUCCUAAACCGCCUCCAAAACCGAAAAAAAAUGGUGGCCCAUUAUUUGAAGAUGAAGGAGAAGACGGAACUGAAGUUUGAAAACAUUAGUGAUUUGUUAGAAAAAUAUUCGUCUUUUGUACUUCCAUUAAUGAAUUACCAUUUUUUAUAUAAAGAAAUGACUUGAUAUUUUAUGCAUUUAUUUUCUUUGGCAUACAUAUUUAUUUUUUUCAUUCGAUGUUUUGAUUUUUCAAAUUAUUAUAUGGUGAAUAUUUUGUGUAUACGUUGUUAAUGUUUAAUAUUGGCACAUGAAUUAAAAAAUAUUAUUUUCUGGUUGUGUACGCUGAAAGUAAAUGGUUGUAAUAUAUGCAUUAAGGAAACAUAUUUUGAACUCUAUUAAAAGACUAUCAUUUUUUUUUCUUUUAACCCAUUUACUUAAAAAAAUAUAUAUAUAUUUCUUAGUUGUUUUUGUAUAUAUUCUUAACUAACAGUUAAAUUGUCUAAUCAAUUAAAUAUUUAAUGCCUUUGUUAAUAAAAUUGUUUUUAAUUUUCUAUGCAAAUUAUAUUGUGUAAAAUAAAAUCUGUUACUAUUGACUGUUGUACAUUUCAUUUUAACAUUUUGUUUAAAAGACUUAUUUUUCUAAAUAACUUUAAUUAAUUUAACUGAUUUUGUUGUUUACGUUUUCAUGUAUAUGUUAUUACAUUAUUUAAUUUGCUAUCACUAUUUUUCAUAGAAAUUUGCUUACAUUAACUUUAAAAUAUUACUGUAUUAUAGAUAUUAUUAUAAUCUUAGUUAUUGAUUCUACUUAAAAUGAAAUUGAUUUUCAUAACAACACAAUGUUAAAGUAAUUUUUUGCUGCUAAAAGCAUAAAUAUUUGAAAAAUUCUCAAACAAUGUAAAUAUUGUACAAGAAAAGAACAUUAUUUAAUAAGGUCUUUUGAUAAUAUUCUUAAAAAUUAAUUUUUAAUCCUUUUAUCUUUUGUUAUUCUUAAUAAUUUUUUUCAUCUUCGUAUUUUAUGUAAAAAUAAUUAUUAGUUUUUGUCAUUUAUAAAGCAGCUGUUAAAUUUUAAUUAUUUUUCUAUAGAGAAUAAUGUAACAACUUCUUAGUAACUUAAAGAUAUACCAAUUAUAUUUAAAUGUGUAUAAUACGCCUUUAUCCUAAUUAUCUUGCCAUUGUGUCAAUAUUUAGAUUACAUUAUUUAUGUAUUUAAAAAAAAAUAUUUAAAUUGUAAAAGUUCCUGUAUUUAUAUGAAAUUAUUUUAUUUGUUUUUUGUUUUAUGUAUGAUUAUCAUUUUUAUUAUUUUUUACUUUCACUGUGAGUAUUUAGCUCCUUAAUAAUUUUUAAUUUAGUUUAAAUUUUUAAGAGAUUUGUUUUUUUUUUUUAUCAUAAAUUAUUUCCUAAAUAUAGUAAUACUAAAAAUAUUAUGGUAAUGUUACAAAAAUAAUGAAAAAUUAUAUAUUGUUGUGCUCCCUUUUGACUGAAAAUAGAAAGAUAAAAAUGUAUGUAUGCAACUUAAAACUGUUAAAAAAUAAAGUAGUUGUAAUAGCUACAAUUAUUAAAGAUAGACAAAAAAAAUAUUAUGUAUAUAAAUAUGUAUUAAUUUUAAAAAGAUUAUAAUUUGUGUUGAUAAAAUUAUAUUUUGUAUGAAAAAUAAAUAUUAAGAAUUUUUUCAGAA